UUCUUCUUUCUCUGUUGUUGUUCCUCUGCUUUCGCAUCGCUCGACACCAACUCUAAUUUCUUGGCUUUUCACAUCCCUCUUUUCUCCUCUCCGCAUAUCUCGCAAAAAAGAGAGAGAGAGUUUCCUCCUCCGCAAAUCUUUGGAAUCCCACCUCUCUUUUCUGUGAUCAAUUUUAUGAAAACAAUCUUUUUUCCGCAGACCCAAAUGAGCUAAUUUGGAGAGAGAGGCCUUUUUUCCGCGCACACAUCAUUUUCACUUCCCUUUGACCCGUUUUAUAUCCGGGUCGAUCUGGGUUCUCUCAUUCAUUGAUGGGUUUUGGGGGGUCAUGGGUUGCGUCAGCUCCAAGCAGACCACGUCCCAUUCCCCGCCCCACGAUUCGUCGGUGAAUGUCGCCGGUGUAGACAAUGUCGAUCCUUUAUUGCAUAUUGGCUUUGCCCCUUUGGAGAAGAUCAAAGAGGAGCCUGAGAAAGAGGGGGAGGAUUCGGUCAGACGAUUUUCUGGAAAAUUGAGAGCCUCCAAGAAGGGAAAUUCUGAAAAAAAGGCUACUUUUAGCAUCAAAUUUGGAAGGCUAACUGAAGGUGAACAUUUAGCCGCCGGAUGGCCUGUUUGGCUGACUGCCGUUGCUGGUGAAGCCAUUGAUGGAUGGAUGCCUCUUAAAUCAAACAUGUUCCAGAAAUUAGAAAAGAUUGGACAAGGUACGUAUAGCAGUGUUUACCGGGCGCGUGAUAUCGGAAAUGGUAAAAUGGUUGCCCUAAAGAAGGUGCGAUUUGACAAUUUCCAACCAGAUAGUGUCAGAUUUAUGGCACGAGAAAUUGCAAUUCUCCGCAAACUUGACCAUCCAAACAUCAUGAAGCUGGAAGGAAUAAUCACUUCUCGAUUAUCAUGUAGCAUUUACCUUGUUUUCGAGUAUAUGGAACAUGACCUAUCUGGAUUAUUAUCAUGUCCUGACAUCAAAUUUAGUGAUUCACAGAUCAAAUGCUACAUGCAGCAGCUACUGAGCGGAUUAGAGCACUGCCAUUCACGAGGGAUAAUGCAUCGGGAUAUUAAAGUUUCCAACAUUUUGGUUAACAAUGAAGGAACUCUGAAAAUAGCAGAUUUUGGUCUUGCAAAUUUCCUUAGUGCAAGGCACAAGCAACCACUGACCAGUCGUGUGGUUACAUUAUGGUAUCGACCUCCUGAACUUCUAUUGGGAUCAACAAGUUAUGGGGUCACUGUUGAUUUGUGGAGUGUUGGUUGCGUUUUUGCGGAACUCUUUUUCGGAAGGCCACUCCUGAAAGGGAGGACCGAGGUUGAGCAACUGCACAAAAUUUUCAAACUCUGUGGUUCCCCACCCGAAGAUUACUGGAAAAGGUCUAAACUUCCACUUGCAACCAUGUUUAAGCCCAAGCAACCAUAUGACAGUACACUUCGAGAUAGAUGUAAAGAAUUACCAAAAACUGCUGUAAACCUUAUUGAAACACUUAUUUCAAUAGAUCCUCAUAAACGUGGAACUGCUUCAUCUGCUCUCAAUUCUGAGUAUUUCAAUACAAAGCCUUAUGCUUGUGACUCGUCAAGCCUGCCUAAGUACACACCGAACAAGGAAAUUGAUGCAAAGUUCAGGGAAGAAGCGAGAAGAAAGAGAUCCAGUUCCACAGUGCAAACAUCGGAAACUUCAAGAAAUUCAAGAAAAGCCCGGAAAGAUCUUCAAGAACCAAGCAAUUUCUGCAAAGUUGUUCCAACAGAGGAAGUUGAGGCAAAUGUUCAUGGUUCUCAUAGAAAUUACGGUAGUAAUGCCCAUAUAUCUAAAGGAAGGCGAGCUACUGUCUCACGGAUAUCAAUGAAACCAUUGUAUGACACAGUAUCAGACGCUGCUUCUCAGAUGACUGAUGAGUCUCAAGGAGACAGCACCGUUCUUUCUGUUCCUGUGCAAAUGCCAGAAUCGAGUGGUUUUGCAUGGGCCAAAAAGGGAAAGCAGGAUUCUGCAUCCACAAGACCAUAUCCACCUCCCAAUUCAAGAAGUCAAAAGUUGAGUGCCUUCGAUCCUUCUGGUGUACUGCACUCUAGGGAUACCUUGGAAUCAAAUAUGCAAGAUAACGAUGAGUUUUUAAGAAGGACCCACAUUUUCCAGCAUUCUAUCCAUAGGAAACAUGGUCAUCACGAACGCCCAGAUUCGUUUGACUUGUCUGAUCAGGAACUAUCAGCGGAUUAUGAUGGCCAACAAGGAAGGGUUGGGUUCUCGGGGCCCUUGUUAAAUCAGUCCCAGACGUUUGAUUCCAAGAAGGAUAAUCAAACUCGAAAAGCUGGUCGUACAUCCCGAUUCUAUGGAGAUUUAUAAUUUGAAUGGCUAAGAGGAGUACAUCAUAGACUGACUUUAUAGCUCUCUUGUUAGUACCUCAAAGUCCAUCGAAUGUCUAGGGAGCGAUGCAGCUUGUUCGUACUCGCUAUUUAUGGUGCAACAUUCUUGAGGUUUCGUAGAUCCUUGCAGUUAAUGUUCUUACAGAUCUUCAGGAAAUCAUGCAUAAGAAUGCAAGUUCACAUCAUAGAAAUCAAAAGGGAUAAGCCAGAAUAUUGAUGCUCAAAGUUCAUUAACAGGUUGGAGAAGGUUUAAAAUGCUCACCUAUUGCUAUCCAAACUUGAUUUCAUAAUCUCUCUUCUUUUUUUGUAUUUUACACGUUUAGCUCAUUUCUUAUACAGCUUUCACAUUAUUUUUGUUUUGUCUUGUAUAUAUCAUGGACAUAGAAAGUAUGAUUUACUACAGAGCUUUCUAUA